UAAAGUCACCCAUUCGCCCACUUGUUUUAUAGCAUUUGAUCAGAAGAACAAAGUAUUUCAUUCUCCCGUGCGGUGUAACACUGAUUCAAUCCCAAGUCUCAACCAUGGCGUUGUACGUGCUAUCUCGCCGUUCAUCACAUCCCUCCACUUCCCAAUUCUUCCUCGCUCUCCGUUUCGCCGCAUCCUAUUCCAGAUCCUAUUCCUCUUCCUCCUUCAGGGAAGAAAGAGACACCUUUGGACCCAUUCAAGUUCCUUCCGACAAAUUAUGGGGAGCUCAAACUCAAAGAUCCCUCCAGAAUUUCGAUAUCGGUGGCCCCCGUGAACGCAUGCCUGAACCCAUCGUUCGUGCCUUCGGCAUCUUGAAAAAAUGCGCUGCUAAGGUGAACAUGGAGUACGGUCUUGAUCCCACGAUUGGGAAGGCAGUGAUGCAAGCAGCUCAAGAAGUGGCAGAGGGCAAGUUAAAUGACCAUUUUCCCCUUGUUGUUUGGCAAACUGGCAGUGGCACGCAGAGUAACAUGAAUGCUAAUGAGGUUAUUGCUAACAGAGCGGCAGAGAUUCUUGGUCAUAGGCGGGGCGAAAAGUUUGUGCACCCAAAUGACCAUGUCAACAGAUCACAAUCUUCCAAUGAUACUUUCCCAACUGUAAUGCACAUUGCAGCUGCCAUGGAAGUAAACUCAAGACUAAUCCCCAAUUUGAAAACCUUAUAUUCUACACUAAAUGCGAAGUCAAUCGAAUUCAAGGAUAUUGUCAAGAUUGGACGCACUCAUACUCAGGAUGCAACACCUUUGACACUUGGACAGGAGUUUAGUGGGUAUACUACUCAAGUGAAGUAUGGCAUUGAUAGAGUGAUUGGCACUUUGCCACGAAUGUAUCAGCUAGCGCAGGGUGGUACAGCUGUAGGGACUGGAUUGAAUACAAAGAAAGGGUUUGAUGCAAAGAUUGCAGCGGCAGUAGCUGAAGAAACAAGGCUGCCUUUUAUCACAGCAGAAAAUAAGUUUGAGGCCUUGGCUGCACAUGAUGCCUUUGUAGAAACAAGUGGUGCCCUCAACACCAUUGCAGCUUCUUUAAUGAAGAUUGCUAAUGAUAUACGGUUAUUGGGAAGUGGUCCCCGUUGUGGCCUUGGUGAACUCAUUCUUCCUGAAAAUGAACCAGGAAGCAGUAUCAUGCCUGGGAAGGUUAACCCCACCCAGUGUGAGGCUUUGACAAUGGUCUGUGCGCAGGUCAUGGGAAACCAUGUUGCCAUCACAGUGGGUGGAUCAAAUGGUCAUUUUGAGCUUAAUGUGUUCAAACCAAUGAUUGCAAGUUCUCUGCUGCAUUCGUUGAGACUGCUUGGAGAUUCAUCUGCUUCCUUUGAAAAGAAUUGUGUUAGAGGUAUUCAAAAUCGGUUAUGACAAGGCAGCAGCGGUUGCAAAGACAGCCCACAAAGAGGGGUCUACUCUGAAGGAAGCUGCAUUGAAGCUUGGAGUAUUGAGCUCUGAGGAAUUCGAUAAUCUUGUGGUACCUGAGAAAAUGAUUGGCCCAACUGAUUGACAUUGCAUAUAGAGUUGGUUAGUAAUUACUCAUUUGAUAAUCUACUACAUUGAGGUAGUAGUAUUUUUGAACCAUGAUUUUAUUACACUGAGAAAUGGCAAUUCAAGAGCCAAUAAUUUUUUACUUCCCUAGUUGAUAUUCUUGGGGAAAAGUUACCCCAAAUUUUUAAGAGAUGUAGUAUUGCAGGAAUUUAGUUGGCCCAAAUAAAGGGACUUCCCCCAUUUUAAUGUCCUUGAACUUACAUAUUUUAAAUUUUCCAGUGAUCUCUGGAGUACGGAUAUUUCCGUUAA